AUGCAGCUGGAGAAGGGGCUGAUAAGAGAAAGUGAAGGAACCCAGACAAAUAGCACUUUGACAGCAAUCCUUGAGACGAAGGAUGCUCGGAUAUCCACAUUGGAGAAGGCUCUUGCACUUAUGGAAGAAGAGCUCAAUCGAGCCAGGGAGGCUAGUAACACCUCCCCUAUGCUUGAUUUAACUUUUGCUACAUCCCAGCUGAGUCUAAAAAACCAAAUGAAAGAAACCCUUGCGACCGCAGCGGCAGAAGAGCUUAGUGAAGUUCAGAAACCAACAAGAAAUCACUAG